AUGAAAUUCAUCACUUUGGCUCUUGCUUUCAUUGGUGCUGCUUCCGCUGGCUACAUUGCCCCAGCUGCUCCACUUUUAGGAGGAUACGCUGCUCCGGCAAUUGCUCCAGCUGCUCCACUUGCCUAUUCAGCUCCUCUCAUUAAAUCUGCUGCCUUCGCUGCUCCAGCUAUUGCAGCCGCCCCAGCUCUUGCUGCUGGUCCAGCCUUUGCUGCCGCUCCAGCUUUUGCCGCCGCUCCAGCCUUGGCCUACUCAGCCCCAGCCGCCUUUGCUGCUCCAGCUUAUGCAGGUUAUGGAUAUUCUGCUGCUCCACUUGGCCUCUUGAAAAAGAAGGCCGCUGCCUAA